UCCCUGUAAAGCUGCAAAUCUACGUGAGUGAUAGAGUCAUCGAUGCCGGGCAGUCUCAGGUUGGUCGAACUGAUGAUCACGAUAGCAUGUCGCACGGAAACGCAAGGCUCGAAGGUGCAGAAACAUCGAGUGCAGGUCUCUAAGCAGUACGAAUCGAAAAUCGACAGCAUUGAUCAUCGUCUUGCAACCAUCGAACAAUUGCUUCGACGACAAGCCGGAAGCACACCGCCUUCCCAGACUGUAUCCACGCCAGCCCUUUCGAAUGGAACGAGUGCUUAUCUGGACAACGAUGCGAGUGUUGCCCCGAGCACGACUCUGUCCAUCUCCGAGGAUGAUGCGAGCACACAUAUGCAACCGGCCGGGUAUGUUGGUGCUCAGGCAGAGUCCAUGGCGGCAACGAGCGUGCUCGAUCAGAUCAUUGGCCGGGAUCCCUCGGUUCAGCAUGACGCAGAACUCACGUUGGCACUGGAACAACUACGCAGCAUAGUACACCAUAAUCCGUCUGAGGCAUCGCGCUCAGGCCCGGGCCUUGAUCCUGCUCCGGACGUUGUCGAACCUGGAUGGGACGUGGUCGAGCCCCUACUGAAGAGAGCAAAAAAGGGGACACCUGUGUCGUUCAGUCUGGUCCCGCCGACGCUGUUUGGCGAUUUCUGCACAAAGUGUCGAGACAUGUACGAGAAACGGCGGGUGUGUUCUCCGACGGAGAAGCUGCUCAUAUAUGCGGGUUUGUGCAACACAUGCUCGGAGUUUACUGGCGAGGGUGAUGAAGGUUCCAUCUUGUACCAUCAUCGCCUCGCUCGAGUUUUCUUGUCGUUGCUGAUGAAGACCUUGGCCACCUUUCCGUUGCUCACACCAGCGUCCAUCGAAGCCCUUGAGGCCCUCAUUGUGGCUACCCUAACAUUGAUUGGCAUGUGCAAGCCAUCCGCCGGGUGGUCUCUAAUCUGCAAGGCCGCGCAGAUGUGUCAAAAACUGGGGUACAACCGCCUAUCUCGCAGCAGUCCUAGCAUGGAUCCAAUGUACAAUCGCCAGACGAUGCUGUUCUGGAUCACCUAUAGUCUCGAUCGAAAUAUCGCCUUUCGCCUGGGCCACACACCCGCCAUCCAAGACUACGACAUUGAUACGCCCAUGGUGACGGUACAUCCCGAUCUUUCCGCAGGAGUAAUAGACGUGUUCACAUUCUGGGUGGAUUGCGGGCGAAUCCAGGGCAAAAUCUGCACGCAGCUUUACGGACCCGGCGCCUCUUCACUCACAUCCGAGGAGCGCAUUCGCAUUGCAGAGAGCCUUGCAGAAGAGAUGGAGCAGACGCAUGAGCGUAAGAAUAAGGCGACCAUGGCGAUGGUAGCGAGAGCUCAGCUUUCGCAAGGCCAAAGAUUCGAGGGACCUUGGAUUCACGGCGAUCAUAUCAUGCACUUCAGCACAAUCUCGACAGCACUAUACGCCAUUCCCUACCCACACCCGGCGCACUUCCGUGCCAUCGAGGCAGCACGUGAGUGCCUUCGCAUCAGUCGCGAUCUGAGCAAUUGUUACCUGCACAAUAUCUACAACUGGACCAUCUGUUGCCACUGGGUGCUCCUGCACGCCCCAAUCACCACUUUCACCGGCGUCUUCUACAAUGUCAUCGCCAACCCCAGCGACUCGCAAGAUGACAUUAAACUCCUCGAAGAUUUUGUCACUUCUCUCGCGCCGGCGCGGAAACUUUCCGAACCGAUCGAAAAGUUUUACCAGCUUGCUUCGGCUUUUGUUAAAGUCGCUCAGGCGUACAUUCGGGCUAAGACGCAGCAGCCGUCCAUGAGCAAUGGUAGCGGUCAAAUCGACCCCUCCGCCGGGACGGACUUGAACGGUCAGUAUCCGGCUGAACUGGGCUACAAGGCAGCGGGACAACAACAGCAAAUCAUGGAUCCGUUCGAGAGCCUGCAGGAAUGGUACUCUGGCAAUGCAUCGCUGUACACUUUGCUAGAGCAGGACCUUGGCGGCUCGGGGUUCGAGUUUAUGGAUGAGUCUGCCUGGCCGGGCUGAGAUGGUGCCGAGGAUCAGCACUCCAUCUGCAAUUGGUGAUCUGAGCUCCAAGGGACACAUUCGGACUGCUUCUAUGACGAUUCGACUUUCUGAUGUGGAAUAUCACGAGCUAUAGCCGGUUUCUAGGUAUGCUCGCUCCUACGUGCUGCAAGGCUGAUCUCGGGGCCCGCGGGCGCCGAAUCUGGCGAUGUGAAUUGGUUAGUCCCGGAAUCCGGAGGCCGCGGGCCCCGGCGCGCCUAACAACGCCUUCGCACGAGAGAAUCC